CCCGUCGCUCCCCGCGCCCCCGCCCAUUGGCCGCACCGCCCCUCAAGAGCGUCCCGAUUGGCCGUAGCGGCCCGGCCCGGUAUCCGGGUAAGAUGGCCGCAGUCGGGGAGUGCUCGCUGCCCGCGCCGUGGCGGCCGGUCUCCCUCACUCACGUCGAAUAUCCCGCAGGUGAUUUCUCUGGCCAGCUUUUAGCUUAUUUGAGUCUUGGUCCAAUAUUCAUUAUUGUUGGCUUUGUAACACUCAUCAUAUUCAAGAGAGAGCUUCACACGAUCUCUUUCUUGGGAGGGCUGGUGUGCAACGAGGCAGUGAACUGGUUAAUAAAAAAUGUAAUCCGGGAGCCUCGGCCAUGUGAAGAAGCCCAUUCAACAGUGACCACAAAAUAUGGGAUGCCAUCCAGCCACUCCCAAUUCAUGUGGUUUUUCUCUGUCUAUUCCUUUCUGUUCCUUUAUUUAAGAAUGCACCAAACAAACAAUGCGAGGUUUCUGGACUUACUAUGGCGACAUGUGCUGUCCAUCUGCCUCGUCACAGUGGCUUUGCUAGUCUCAUAUAGUAGGGUUUAUUUGCUUUACCACACCUGGAGCCAAGUCCUAUAUGGUGGUGUGGCAGGAAGCAUCAUGGCUGUAGCCUGGUUUGCCUUCACACAGGAGAUCCUAACUCCCCUCUUCCCGAGGAUAGCUGCGUGGCCAAUUUCAGAGUUCUUUUUAAUCCGAGAUACCAGCCUCAUUCCUAACAUCCUGUGGUUUGAAUACACAGUCACAAGAGCAGAAGCAAGGAACAGACAGCGCAAGCUGGGUACGAAGCUCCAGUGACCGGGAACGAGGGGACCAGGGCGCGUUUAACGGAGACAGACAAGAGCAGAGACCUGGGAGCAGCAAGGAGCCUUUUAACAGACGGACCAAAGGAACAGGCAGGGACCAUACCCAAAACCUGAAAGCCUUUGCUCUGCUUUAGCAGCUAAGCUGGAUGCUCCCUGAUGCAUGUGGGACCGUGCAGGAGUAGAAACUCAUUUUGAACACAGAUGCACAUGGUUGGAUGUACCAUCGUGUCUACGUCAGGGGAGGGGGGAGAAAAUGCCUGGUGUCGUGUUCGGGGGAGGGAAAACCAAAAAUGAAUCCUUUCUGUGACUUUUUUUUUCAGCAUGAAAUAUACACACUAUUUAUUUAUUUUUUUAAAUGGAACUAUUGUUUAUGGGGUGGGUGAGGUGUUGAUUGUGUGUUUUGCUUUUUUUUUUUUUAAUUUUCUUUGGAAGAAGAUGACAAAACUAAUCUCAAGUUGGUCAUGUUUAAUUAGGGCUUUUAAUUCUUACAUGCUUCUUAGGAGGGAGGGAAUCUAGGAGGGGUGACAGAAGGGAGAGGAAGACUUUCCUUUCUGCAGUCAGUUUGGGAGAUCAAAAUCAAUUCCAACUGUACUUUGUACAGACAAAAAGACAGUCUAUAAAGAUCUGAUUUUUAACACUAGUGACAGUUCUGCAGGCAAUCCUGCAUGGAUACCAAUUAAGGGGAGUGUGUGUGUAAAACAAAGGAAAAACACAAAUAUACUGACUCUUAUUUUUUUUCCACUGCUGCUCCUGUUGUGUAAUUAGCAAGAGUGUCCUUUUCAGAAUCUCUUCUAGGUGGCAAGAUUAUCAUACAUAUCUCACAUUUUUUCCAUCUCUUCCUUUAUACUUUUAUUAUCUCAGGGUUGCUGUGAUCUGUACAGCUUUUGUUGUACUGAGUGUGCUGAGGGCACUGGGAAGCCCGUUGGUUAUAAGCAGUGCUGUGCUCCAGUGAGAGUCAGCCCAAAGCCUUACAAAAUUCAGUUGCUGGUCUCUGUCUUAAGCACUGGAUUUUUAUUUUUUUUUUCUGUUAAAGCUUAAGGAAGGGAUUUUUAAGAACGAACAUAGUGACAACCACAAAUGACCAAGGCAAAUGACUAAUAACUAACUCAGCUGCUCUCUGAAUUAUUCCUUGAAGAGCCCUGUUAGACUCCAUCCAUGAAAUCCAAGUAGGGAACUUGUCCUAGCAGAGGCUCCUGCCAGUUAUCACAGUAGCUUGGUUGGGGUUCUGCAGCUGUAACCUUGAAUGCUGAACUCCUACAAGCAAGUUUUGCUUUCCAUCCUUCUUCCAUGCCGGUUCCCCGUCUGGCCGGUGGCGCUCUGGAUGCUGUGUCUCUGUGGGAGUGUGCCUGCCAUCUCUGUGUGCUGGUGAUGCCUACGACCUCUGUGACCCAUGAGUUGACCUGGCAAGGGCUAUACUCAAAGUGCUUCAGGGCUGUGCAUGGACACUUUCUGUAUUUCUAGUAUAUAAUGCAGCAGUUCAAGUGUAACUACAGAGAAGUAUUUAUUCAAAGCACAAUUGACUUGAACUUUCACAGAUAAAGGACAGCUUCUGAACUGGCUCAAAGGUCAUCGGUGUGCCUUCGAUGCAGUCAUGAGCAGAGGUAAAAUGACUGUCACAUCUCAGUCUUGCUGCUUGUUUUACUAUCUCCACUUUAAUCAGACUCCUGCAUUAUAAAGCUGCUUGAAGUGAGAUUUUUUUUUCUGUUCAUCCUGGUUAUUUUUUUUUUUUAAGUUUUCAUCUGUGCCUGUUGCUAUAGGACUUUGUGUGUUUGUGUGGAGUGGGAGCUGCUGUUGGACACCCAGAGUGUAAACUGUAGAAAAUGAUCCUGAUUCAGGAGAUCAGGAAUUAAGGCUGUUUAAAUUUCUGUGUUUAAAUAGCUACGGGUAGUAAAUGAACUGUUUCCAGUUGGUACAGCAAGUAUAUAUAUAAUUUUUUAAAGAACUGUUUAGUACUUGCAUAACAUAAGCAAUCCUUUAACAUCUGAAGGACCCAAGCACUGGAUCUGCUUUGAAGGUGCAUCAUAAUAAAGAGGCAUCUUGCAGCUUUCACAAGGACAUUUGAUCUGCCUUAGACCAGCUGUGUUGGGAUGAGACAGGACAUGAGAUAGGUCCCGUGACAUGGUGGCACCAUAUGUUUCAGUUUGAAAACUGGUACUUAUGUCUUGCAAAACCAUUCAUUUUCUCUUUAUAUCUCUUGUAAGUGCACUGACAAAGCCAGAACAGAGAUCACACCUCUCUUCCAAGGUCACUGAAGGAGUGGAUUGUUUCAGGAGUGGCCUAGCACUUGCCCAACCUCUCGAGCUGUUACGACAGACUGCUGGAAAAAAUAAAUGUAUGGAAACACCUAUUGAGCAUAGGGAGGAGGGUUCAUCUCCUCAUGGAGAGCAGUGCAGUAAAAACCUGUUCCACUUCAUGUUGCCUUCAAACCCAAGCUUCCUACAGUAAUUCUUAGGAGUGAGGGAGAGAAAGAAGAGUUCUUGUAAGACACUGUAAUAAACUCUCCUCUGUUCUCUCUGA